UUUUUUUUGUAACUCACUCCGCGGUACGUCGAUGCCUCGGUGACAGCGGCGUGAGCAUUGAUCACAUCACAGCCAAAAUUAGUUGACUUAACCUUAACCAGUGCUGAACCUGUGUAGUUUGUUUUUCCAACAAACUUAUACAAGAGAUCUGCGUUCGCUACUCUUGAAUUUUUCCUAUGAUAUUAUUUAUAAUAAAGAAAUUUACAUAUGAAUUCCACAGGUGUCCAAAUCCACUAUUUGUUUGAAGCUACUUGUUUCGGCUCAAAAUAAAUUCAAGGCUACUUCAACCUUAUGAAGAGUGAAUUAUUCGAAUAGCAGGCUAGGUACGAAUAGCCCCUUCUAAUAUAGUAACUCAAAAAUUGCUGUUCGAAGUAGCUGGCUCAUCAGCACAGGACUGGGCUUACCCGAGCUUCAACCGACCCUAGACAUCGGCACUCUGCCGCCUAUCGGCAUGUUCGGUAAUGAUAAAGAAAAGUCUACAGUGGCCCUCAGCCGCUAAGCCAAAAGCACCUAUGUCGUAUCGGACGGUACAGGUCGAAGCCGCUCGUACCCGCGGCCAAAUAGGGAGCUAAUCAAGUCUGCCUAGCCCUGCGCAGCUCGACUUCGGCCAGCACAGCGGCAAACAAAGCGCGCGAACAUUCGAAAGGAUUUGAGGCUACUGCUAAUGCUUCGGGUUCUUGGCCUGCUUCUUCGUCUUUUCGCAUGAAUAGGUGAUGGCGUAAAAGGAGAGAGAUGAGCUUGUGUUCUGGUGACGCUGGCGGAAUUGAAUGUGACGCGAAGGCAUUCUGUUAGUUGUUCGUCGUUCGACGGCCUUUCGUUCUCGUUUAGAGGCCCCGACCAAUUAGAGUUCUACCCAUGGACACAACGCAACCUCAAAAAAAGGCAACGACGACAAGGCAAGUUCGUACAAAAGUUCCGUAUAAAUGCAUAUAGCGAAAUAAAUAAGUUAGUACGUGAGCCGCCAGGCAUCAACACCGAAUACUAUAUACCGCGGGAAGUUCUGAGGUGAGCAUUAUGAAAGGAUGGAAUUUAAACGACUGAGAAUGACGGAACGAUAAAUACAAUAAUAAUAAUAAAACCAAAACAAUAAGUGCGGAAAGAUAAGAGAAACAAAACUAUUAGAAAGCUUAAGGGUUUUUACGCUGUUGAGAGCAUAUGACCGGGAAUAAAGAAAUGCUUGGCGAACACGUUCAAGCGAUAGCAAUGGCAAAGAUUAGUUAUGUUGUCUGUUGCAAAGUUUCUGAGCGUAUGUUGAUCCAAAAAACUAUACAGAGUAACGCUGAAACUGUUUGAUUUAACUAAAAAGAUUAAGAAAAAUAUUUUAAAAAAAUAAAAACGAAUAAAAAAAGGAAAAUCUAUGCUGACUUAUUAUAGUAACUGACGGAUUAAAAACACGCACACACCUAUAGUAUACUGUAAUAAUCGUCGCACCUAAUAAAGUGAAAGGAAAUUUUUUGAAAAAACCGCUAUUUCCUAUGUUUUUUUUGGAGUUACAAAACGCAUUAUAAACGACCGAUAAAAUUUGCCGGAUGUCUGUCUGAAAACCCGAUCCGGGCACAUUUAUAUGCUGGAUGUUCUGGUCACCACCUCCCACAAUCACCGGCAGGCCUCCUAUCGAGAUAAGAACCUGUGUACCGGUACCGAGUACCCCGCCUGUAUUAUGAAUGCAAUGAGUCCAUCAUCGUUCACUAUCGUAUUCAUGGUCAAUCAGUUCUCUCGACUGACCCAUUGGCGUCGCGUCCAGAUUUAAACCACGUUAAUAGCACUCCCACAGCAGGAGAACGGUGGCGUCGUCAGAAUACGCUAACUUAAACAAUCGUCACUUCCUUUCGAGAUAACAAGCAACGGAAUUGGGUCCACUUAUUCCAUCUUCACGUUUCCGUCUGCCCGAUAGCUCCUGUAUACUCCCUCUCGGUACGCAGCACCUGAAUAUAAUUCAAGUUCUUUCGCCACAAACAAUUUGUACCGGUAUUUAUGGUCACAUGUAAAUGUCCACUCAACGACAGUCAAUCCAAUCGACCAAAUAAGGACCAGUCUUGACUCCUGACUUGGGCGUUGACUCCGACAACGGCUGAUAGAUACAGCCGACUCUAAAUGCAGGCUCACCCGUAAGCAAUAAGGUAACGUUGACGUCACCAUAAUCGUGUACGCCAUUUGAAAUAUAUGCAUAUGUGCAUGGAAGCAUUUUAGCAAACUUUUUAGCUAAAAGAAACCGCUGUUUGGCCAGCCAGCGGCGAUCACAGUCAAACACUGAAAAUGAACGACCAUUUAACGGAUACGACCGUGGCGAUCGCAACUGGAUUGAGCGGCAGUGCGUGCACACCUGGCAGUCACCGACAAGUCCACGGCACCAGGUCCGGAGGCGUUCGGGAGCAGGCUGGACUAACAGCGACGACAACAUUAACAAGUCGAAAAGGCAAUGUAUGCAGGCAAGCAUUACUUCAGUGUCUACCUCCUCUUCCUUUUUGUAUGAAUGUAUAAUAUGUAUAUAUAAGUAUAGAUAUCCAAGCGCCGAAUCCCUCAGACAAUUUUUUUUGCUCGACGCGAAUGAACCAAACUUACGGAUAAGCCAAUGGGCAAACAGGGCGACUGCACAGAAAGACGGACAAGCUAAACGGGCUAACGACGCUUAAAUACGUACGUUUUCGACAUCUCAUUUGCAGAAUGAAUACUGGCCUGCUGACACGCUAUUGAUAGAACAGAAAUGAAGGUGAUGAGUGGAAACAUAAAAGUGCCGCCAUCCCGCCCAGUAACCAUGCAUCUCCAGAAUGACAACGGUCUCGUAGGAAGCCAGCUGGCGUUGGGAGUACGAUAUUCGACGCCGCACCUCGUGAAGUCCUCACCUAUAGAAGCUCCUGGGAAAAUGACAUCGCUUAUUAGGGGAUCUCGUCUCUUUUGGGAAUUCAAGCCGACUGAAGCAAACGUACAUGUCUGUAUAUCAAUCAUUACGACGGCUGAAGGUGCGGAAGGCAAUACCGCUAACCACUCACCAGGAUUGUUACCGCCGAUCAGACGCGGCCUGCCCCCUACAACGUGAAGAAAAACCAGCACUGGGUGGUAAGUUCAGACGAAAGUGCGCUGCCUAUAGUCAUGAAAAGUUCCCGCAAAAAAGGAUACAAUUUGCAAAUGUUGUGACACGGAAAGUCUGCUAUAUGGGGAA